AUGAAGGAGAUAAAAAAGAUAAAAAAGGCUAAAAUUAUCAUGCCUAUUAAAAGUGUAGCCAUCUAAUCAUUUUUAUCAUUGAUUUCCUACAACAAGGAAUUCAUUGCACUUGAGUAAAGAAAGGGAUCAAAUUUAGCAACUACAAUGCCCAAUUUAAAAUAAAAUAGUUUUUGUCUUAACUUAUCAAAUAAACAAAAAGUAUUAUUGAUAGGUAUUUAGCAUAGAUCUGUAUAGGAAUUAUUCUAUUAAUAGUUAAGCAGGAUGCCAAAGUCAGUUUCAUUAAAACCAGUUUUUGUUACAUUUUAAAAGUAAUCUACUAUUUCUUACCCUUUAACAUAGUGA